GUGCCAGUUCAAACAUAUCACAGAAAUACAUACACACCAACGUGGUCGAUGUAGUGAAUUCUUUGUUGAAUUCUAUUCACAGAUAAAUGACUUUUCUUUUACGGAUUCAUUAAAUGGUAUCUGCUUUGCUCACUACUGCAACAUUGCAGGUGAUAGCUUUAAUUCCUCUUUAGUUGCAGUAGUUUGUGUAGAGCCAAAAGUCUUUAAGGAAUGAGCAUCAUCUGAGGGAAUCAAGGUAUCUUUUAAUCUUCAACAGUUAGCUGUUGUGAAGGAGUUGAAUGGGUCAAACUAUAACUAGAAUUUGUCUACUGUCUAUAUUUAAGAGAAACGAGAGUUGUGAAGUCCGAAUUCCGAUUAUCGAACGGAGCCGCCGACAAGAAUUGCUUUGGGCGAAUCCUCUGUGGGGAUAUCGCAAUGGGAUACGUGCAGGAAGCCCGAGAAAAUCACGUCAAGAAGAAGGGUGCUUUUGGUUGAAAAUUGUAGAAGACUGUAGGGAGUGGCAAUGCUGGAUGUUACAGUCUACCUUGAAGUUAAUAAUCCCUCCAUUGAUCAGCACAGAGAUAUGCGUUUGGACAUACAUCCCAUGUCCUAUGAGCUUCAAUUGGAAGGAAAAGUUUGGGAGAGCUACCAAGCACUAUUGGGCUAAGGUUUGUAAGAUCAAAAUAAUAGGCCUUUUUUGAUAGAACUUCUACAAGCCCAAAUGAGCAGGUUGGACUUCAGAGUCCAUAAAACUGGGACAUUUGCACAUAUGCUGCCAUUGAAAUUAUAUCCGCAUUGUAUAAAAAUUUAUUAAAUUUAUCUUAUUCGAAUCUGAAGUAGUUCUAUCUCUUUAA